AUGUCCCACCCACGCGAGUAUUCCAUCCUUCCCCGCGAAAGCACCCUUGCCAGUCUCCCCGCGGAGUAUCCCACCGACGCGCAAGAACAAAUAACCCAGAUCCUAUCAACAGCACCAAUCAACCGUCUCGUUGUGCUAGACGAUGAUCCAACAGGAACCCAAACCUGCCACGACAUCUCCGUCCUAGCAGUCUGGGACAUCCCAACCCUAACCGCCGAGUUCCAAACCACAAAGCCAGGCUUCUUCAUCCUAACAAACUCGCGCGCCCUCCCACCAAAAGAAGCAGAGAAGCUAAUCCAUGAGAUUUGCACAAACGUGUCUCAAGCCGCAACUGCCACAAACCAAAAGGUCGACAUCGUUCUACGUGGUGAUAGCACUUUGCGCGGCCACUUCCCUCUAGAGCCUGAUGUCGCGCAGCGGGUCUUCGGUCCAGCUGAUGCGCUCGUUCUAGCCCCGUUCUUCUUCCAGGGUGGUCGCUUCACAAUUGAUGAUGUGCACUAUGUAGCUGAAGGCGAAAGCUUGGUUCCUGCUGGUGCUACACAGUUCGCUAAAGAUGCUACUUUUGGUUAUAAGAGCUCCAAUCUGAGAGACUAUGUGUUCGAAAAGGCCCCUGGGAGGUUCAGCGAAGACCAAGUGUGUUCUGUUACAAUUGAAGAGAUCCGGACUGGGGGUCCUCAGGUUGUUUGUGAGAAGCUACUGGCAGCACCUAAGGGUGGAGUGGUGAUUGCCAAUGCUGCGGCCGAGUCCGACAUGCAUGUCUUUGUUGCAGGGUUGUUACUUGCUGAAUCCCAGGGCAAGCAUUUCCUCUACCGCACCGGUGCUGCAUUCGUCUCAACUAGACUCGGAAUCCGGUCUAAGGCACCCAUAUCCGCCGCCGAGCUUCAUUUGCCAUCACCUCGUCAGACUGGUGGAUUGAUUAUUGCCGGGUCAUAUGUUCCUAAAACCACCGCGCAGCUGAAGGUGUUGACCGAUCGACGAGGCAGCACUGGUCAGCUGGCGAUCAUUGAGAUGAAAGUCGAUGAUCUGAUUGCAUCUCCUGACACUGCACUACAGGCUGUGCAGCGUGUGGUUGAGGAAACUGAAUCAUAUAUACGAUCUGGAAAGGAUACGCUCGUUAUGACGAGUCGGAAGCUUGUCACUGGUGGUGAUGAGCUGUCCUCACUCAAGAUUGGCACUGCAGUUGCUGAGGCAUUGGUUAGUGUUCUGCGGCGUAUCGAGGUACAACCGCGUUUUAUCAUCGCUAAGGGUGGUAUCACUUCUUCCGAUGCCGCGACUAAAGGCUUGAAUAUCAAGCGCGCUACUAUCGUGGGUCAGGCAGCACCAGGUGUGCCCCUUUGGCGAUGUGAUGAAGAUACGAGUCGCCACCGCGGUGUGCCAUUCGUCGUAUUCCCAGGUAAUGUGGGCGGGGAGGAGACUCUUUGUGAACUGGUCGAAGGCUGGAGUUAA